AUGGACCCUGCCAUCCACAGCACCCACAGCUACUUGGCCGCUCCAUCACUUGAGAAGUGUGGAGAACUACCCCCACUUCUGGGGCAAUACGGUCAGUCUCUGCAUGCGGGCCUCAGUUCAGUGCUGGGGAGCUGGGAGCAGGAUGGAAACGUCCUGGCCUCAAGCACCCACAGCUACUUGGCCGCUCCAUCACUCGAGAAGUGUGGAGAACCACCCCCACUUCCGGGCAAUAAGAACCGGGGGCGAACCCGAGACCCGGCCCCCACCUGCAGCCACUCCCCGGGCUCCGGUCACCCCGUUUCCGGAGGGAGCUGCUGGACCGCCUGUCCUCCCGGGCCUGUUCCAGGGGGAAGCCCCCUCCUUCCACAAUCUGAGGGGCCGGGCUCCCCAGGUGAUGGGCCCACCGCGCCCCAAUAUGAGGAGUUUCUACCCACAGAGGAGGAGGCGGAAGAGGAGGGCCCUGAAGAUGAAGAGGAGGAGGAGGAGGAGGAGAGAGUCCCCCCGCCCCCCAAGAAGCCCCCUAAGGAGAAGCCUCCGGCAGACCCCGGGGCGAGGAGGGCCAGGGCCCGGGAGGGGGACGCGGGAAGCCCUGUCCCCCCAGCAAAGCCUCUUCGGGUGAAGAAGAAGGUGCCAGUGGGUGAAGGGACCAAGACGAGGAAGACAAAGAAGAAAGGGUCUGGGGCAGCUGACAAGGAGCCCCCAGCGAGCUCGGCCGGAGCACAGAAGGCCCCGGAGGCCCUGUUUCUGGUUGGGGACGAUGGCCCCUCGGGGAAAGCUCUGAAGAAGAAAGGUACUCCCAGAGACUCGGAGGAGGAGAGGAAGCGGGAAGAGGGGGAGGAGGAAGACGCGGCAGCUGUGGCGACCAAGAACAGCAAUCAGAAGGGCAAAGCCAAAGGAAAAGGCAAAAAGAAAGCGAAGGAGGCGCGGGCCACGUCCCCACCGGUGGGAGUGGGCGAGCCCCGGGAGUUCGUGCUGCAGCCGGCCCCUCAGGGCCGCACAGUGCGCUGCCGGCUGACGCGGGACAAGAGGGGCAUGGACCGGGGCCUGUACCCCUCCUACUUCCUGCACCUGGACUCGGAGAAAAAGGUGUUCCUCUUGGCUGGCAGGAAGCGGAAACGGAGCAAGACAGCCAAUUACCUCAUGUCCAGCGACCCCACCAACCUGUCCCGAGGAGGGGAGAAUUUUGUCGGGAAGCUGAGGUCCAACCUCCUGGGGAACCGCUUUACAGUCUUUGACAACGGGCAGAACCCGGGCCGCGGGGGAGGCGGCGCUGACGUGGGGAGCCUCCGGCAGGAGCUGGCAGCGGUGAUUUAUGAAACCAACGUGCUGGGCUUCCGAGGUCCGCGGCGCAUGACGGUCAUCAUUCCGGGCAUGAAUUCGGACAACGAGAGGGUCCCCAUCCGGCCCCGAAAUGCCAGCGAUGGGCUGCUGGUGCGCUGGCAGAACAAGACUCUGGAGAGCCUCAUUGAGCUGCACAACAAGCCACCAUUCUGGAACGAAGCCACUGGCUCCUACACCCUCAACUUCCAAGGCAGAGUCACGCAGGCCUCCGUCAAGAACUUCCAGAUCGUGCACGCUGAUGACCCCGACUACAUCGUGCUGCAGUUCGGCCGCGUGGCCGAGGACGCCUUCACCCUAGACUACCGGUACCCGCUGUGCGCCCUGCAGGCCUUCGCCAUCGCCCUCUCCAGCUUCGACGGGAAGCUAGCUUGCGAGUGACGGCGGCGGCACCCCAAGUCCCAGAGCCGCCGGGAUCGGAAAGGACUCGGUGGAGGCUUCAGGGUCCCCUCACCAAAGCCCCCACUGAGG